GAUAUCUAAUUCAUUUCUAGCCUUGGACAGCGACGACGAUAAUGGCGACGACUAGCAAGCAAUACAAGGCCAUCGGUGAAGAUUUAUGGAAAGGUCGCACAGAGAAAAUUAAUGCAGAGCUUUUCGCUCUAACCUAUGGUGCAUUAGUCGUACAGCUUAUCCAGGACUAUGAAGAUUACGCCGAGGUUAAUAAGCAGCUUGAGAAAAUGGGAUAUAAUAUUGGCACCAGAUUAAUCGAAGAUUUCCUCGCAAAAAGCUCACUCGGACGGUGUUCAGACUUUCGAGAAGUAGGCGAAGUGGUGGCAAAGGUUGGAUUCAAAUCAUUUUUGAACGUUACCCCAUCUGUUACACAUGCCGCUCCCCCACCUGCUGUACCUAAUCGACCAAACAGUGCCUCGCAGCAGUCCUCGUCAUCUUUUACACUAACCCUUGACGAGAAUCCUUUGGCUGAAUUCGUGGAACUUCCGGAAGAAGCUCUCGAAGGAGGUUUGUGGUUUAGUAAUGUGUUAUGUGGGGUGCUCCGGGGUGCAUUAGAAAUGGUACAAAUGCAAGUUCAGGUGGAGUUUGUAUCCGACGUACUUCGUGGCGAUGAAAGUACAGAAAUACGGGUGAAGCUGUUGAAAUAUAUGGAGGAGGAAGUCCCGGUUGGUGAUGACUAGGUACAACGAUGAGAAGUAUAUCCACGGACGACGACAAAAUGAUAUGCGUGUUGUGUUAGGGUCAUUCACCAGUUUCCUCGGUGAUCCCCGUUACCCUCAGUUGAUAGAGGAAUUUACUUGUUCGGCAUGACAUGACAGGAAUGGAAAAGCAACACGCGAAGUAUUCUUAGUGAACUAUGAGGCGACUUAUUCUAUGUCAUACGUCAGAUAUGUUAAACCAGGGAGAUGAAUUAAAAUGUAUAACUCGUAUAUAUAUGCGAACAACGUAUAUGUUAACCCCAACGGUCGACCCUGUUGAGCUUUCUUGCCGUCUUGGCAUUCGUUUGUGUGUUCUGACCUCUCACCGGCAAACCCAUGGCGUGUCUCUUCCCAACAUAGCUUCCAAUCAUCCGCUGAUGUGCAAUAUUCUCCUUAACCUGUCUCUUCAACUCUGACUCGAUCUUCAAACUCCUUAGCGGAUCGCCUUUCCCGCUACCUGUAGCGUUUGUACCAGCAGCAAUUUUGAGCUGCUGAAGGGGAGUAGACGGUGUCAGAGGUUUAAAUCUGGGAUCUGCCAGACGAAGACGGGGCAGUGGUGCAGAUGUUGAUGGCGAGGACAGGAAAGAGGCUAGCUCUGUGAUUUGGUGCGGGGUAAGGCUGCGAACUUUGCACUUGUCGUGGAUUUGGAGACGUGCACAUAAACGGUGGGCAGUUUUAUGCCCC